UAUGAAUUCCAAUUAUUUGUGUUUCUCACCAGAAAGCUUUGGAGAGAAAUGAUGCUGGAGAGCAUUUUCCAGUUUAUGGCAUUUGUCUCGGAUUCGAGCUUAUGUCAAUUAUCAUCAGUCAGAACAGAGACAUUCUUGAAAGAUUUGAUGCAGAGGAUAAUGCAUCAACCCUACAGUUUGUUGAUAAUGUUAAUAUCGAUGGAACAUUAUUCCAAAGAUUUCCUCCAGAGCUGUUGAAAAAACUCAGUACAGAUUGUUUGGUUAUGCAGAAACACAAGUAUGGUAUCACACCAGCAAACUUUCAAGGCAAUCCUGCUUUGUCUAGUUUCUUUGAAAUCCUCACAACCUGCAUAGAUGAAAACAGCAAGACUUAUGUUUCAACUGUUAAAGCAAAGAGAUACCCAAUAACUGGCUUCCAGUGGCAUCCUGAGAAAAAUGCAUUUGAAUGGGGAUCAUCCGCGAUUCCACACUCUGAGGAUGCAAUCCAGGUGACACAGCAUGCUGCUAGUUAUUUAGUCAGUGAAGCUAGGAAGUCACUGAACAGACCACCAUCAAAGAAAGUGCUAAGCAAUCUCAUAUACAACUAUAAGCCUACUUACUGUGGAUACGCAGGGAGGGGUUACGACGAGGUUUACAUUUUCACACAACCAAGAUCCCGUUUCUGAGGACUUACUCGUCUUCUUGUGUGUUUGUUUGUAACUCUGAUUUCUAGUUUCAAUGUAGGGAGCCGAUUGUUUUGCUUGCCUGCAUGAUUUCCCUGGUUGAUUUAUCUCUUUGAAAGUAGAUCCUUUCAAAAGAAAUAUAAUUGUGUUUGGUUCGUGUUUUUAGCAAAUAAACAUUUGACUUUUGAGAUU